AUGUACGGGUUACCUAAGAUCCAUAAACCUAACGUUCCACUGAGACCGAUAGUUAGCUCCCGUGAUUCUGCUUGUAGGGAAUUGUCUAAAGUCCUUCUGGACAUUUUAAAGCCUUUAGUAGGAAACACUGAUUCGUUUAUCAAAAACUCUAAAGAUUUUGUAGAAAAGUCUAAAUCUAUCGUACUGGCUGAUACUGACAAGUUGGUCAGCUUCGAUGUUGAAAGUCUGUUUACGAAUGUCCCCGUUUCGGAAACCCUAAAAAUAAUCGAGACUCGUCUCACAAACGACGAUACUUUAGCAAACAGAACUAAACUCCCUGUUAACGUCAUAAUGGAACUUUUGGACUUGUGUACUCAGUGUAACUAUUUCCAAUUAGAGGGUAAAUUAUACCGUCAAGAUGAGGGUAUGGCCAUGGGGUCACCUUUGUCACCUAUCUUUGCCAACAUCUUUAUGGAGGAGUUUGAGCAAAAAGCUUUGGCUUCAGCUCGGCUAAAACCGAAGAUAUGGUGGAGAUAUGUCGAUGACACUUUCGUGGUUUUCCCUCAUGGAGAUGAUAAAUUGAAUGAGUUUUUAGAGCACCUUAAUAGCGUUUCAUCUUCCAUAAAACUAACCAUGGAGGUGGAAUCGCAAAACAAACUCCCCUUUUUGGAUGUGUGCGUAGAAAAGCAUUUGAACAGUCUUAGAACAUCUGUUUAUAGAAAGAAGACACACACAGGGCAGUAUUUAAACUUUCAAUCAAACCAACAAAUUUCUGUCAAGGAGGGGGUUGCUUACUCUCUGUUUGACAGGGCUAAGAGCAUUUGCUCCAAUCAGGAUGAGUUAAAGGAUGAAAUAAAGAAAGUAGAACAGGAUUUGGCUAGUAACGGAUACCCUCGAUCCAUUAUAAGCAAAUGCAGGAAAGAUAGGGCUACGCGUGAACCUUUACAAAAUCGCAAGGAAAAGCUCGUCCACAUGUCAAUCCCGUAUGUGUCAGGUCUGUCAGAAAAAAUCAGAAGGGCUAUCGUCGAUAUUGGGCGCGUCGAGGUGCUGACCUUCUUCAUGAGUGCUAGUAGGUUGUCACCCGGUCACCCUAACACCUCCAUUGGAGAGACGAAGGUAGAGAGACAUCACGAUAGGCGAGCGAACCCUGGACGUCUCGAGCUGUCCGAGCGAACGGAGCUGAAGUCAUUAAAGACUGAAAGGACUCAACUAAGAAGAACUUUUACAAAGUGCAGAAAUGAAAUGGACAAAUUACUGAAUGAAGAUAGUAAAGAUGAAGUAAUAAUUAAAAGUAAUUUAAACAAGCUGCAAGAUAAAGCGGAUAGGCUUUUUAAUGAAGACAUCAAGGAAGCCUUGUUUGAAGAUCCUGCAACAAAAGAAGAGGACUUAGAAGAUGAGUUUGAUACUGCAGAAUCUUAA